AUGGUUAAUGUGCAGCAGGUCAAAGAGGAGAAGCUUAGGAACAGAGAAGAGUACAAGAAAGCUAAGAAUGGAAUAAGUUUGGGCAGCAAAAGGGUAGUUUCAAACGGACAGAAUUUCAUAAACAAAACGGGUUUGCACCAUCAUCUGCUGGUGCUCAUGCACCCAGAAACAGAGUUGAGUAUCAUGGCCAGAAUUCACAGAUUUUCAGAUCUUCACCAGCACAUCCUCCAAAAACUGUGGUACAGCCAGAUGGGUUUCAUUAAGUGUGGUCAAGAGGGUCACUUCAUGAGGGAGUGCCCUAGGCUCAGGCAGAGCAUUGGAAAUCCCGGCAAUAAAGCCCAAUUUUCAUCAGCUUCUCCACCACAUAGGGCUGCACCUAAAGGAGUCACUUUUGUUACUAGCACAUGGGCAAAUCACAUAUAUGCAAUCACUAGCCUCCAAGAUAUAGAGAACUCUCCAAGAAACAACACCGGCGCCGGCGGGCAACAACACCGGUGGUCGGCAACAACACCAGUGACGACGACAUUUUGA